AGUGUACUUCCUUUUUUAAAAUACCAUGUUAGACAGAGAUAGUAUUAAUUUGUUCAAAUUAACUGAAGACAACAACUUAAAUUAUCUGAAACGUAUUGAGACCUCCUCCAGGGAACUCCGCAUGUUUCUUGAAAUUUCUGGAAAAUAAUUAGUAAUAAACUGCAACUGAAGAGUGAAAACAACUAAAAUAACACUACAUUAACGCAGCUAUACGCAAUGCCGCAAGCCCGGCGCAAGACCCCUUUCAGCGGGAAGGCAAAGAAACAGCAGCUGCAGUGUAAGAAGAAAAAUAAAACGCUGUUGACAACUACUUCAUCAGGCACUAGUGCUUACGAUGUGCUGUCGCUCAACUAUCAGCCGGGGCGAAGUCGUGGCGGCCGCGACACGAACCGAUACGCACUCAAGUUCUACAGAGAGACAGAUGAAGAACUCAAGAUGAAGAAAGAAGAGGCAUUGAAGUCCUUAAACCCAGUCCCAGAGAAAGAGAUGGAGGUAGACCCAUCAGACUACUUCCCUAAGGAGUUGUCCUUCCCGAAGCGGCCGCCGUGGGACUUCAACAUGACGCCGGCGCAACUCGACGCGCAGGAACAGAAGUAUUUUAGGACCUACAUAGACGACCUCCAAGCAUCAGACCACUGGAAGGACAUGUCGUACUUCGAGCUCAAUCUGGAGACCUGGAGGCAGCUGUGGCGAGUCCUAGAGAUGUGUGAUGUGCUGCUGCUGAUCGUGGAUGUUAGAUACGCUGGCAUGAUGUUCCCACCAUCUCUCUACGAGUACAUUACAAAAGAAAAGAAGAGCAUGAUCCUGGUCCUGAACAAGGUGGACCUGGUGCCAGCGUCGGUGGUGGCCGGGUGGCGCGAGUACUUCAUGACCACCUGUCCUGGGUUAAGGGUUGUUUACUUCACUUCCUGUCCAGGGUAUAACCUGCGCGGCGCGACUAGUGACAAGGCUGGCCUUCAAGUCCGCCGAAGGAAGGGUAAGCAGCGAAUGUGUGCGGAGGGCGCGACAAAGAUCCUGGAGGCGUGCAAGGACAUCGUCCAGGGAGAGGUCGACCUUGGUUCGUGGGAGCGGAAGAUCAAAGAGGAAACGAACAUCGAGUUUGAUGAUGAGGAGACUGAAGUGGGUGAAACGAUAAUCGAAAAAGCUGAUACUACAUACUAUGCCCACGAGAAGUACAAGAAUGGAGUUCUCACCAUCGGCUGUGUGGGUCAGCCCAACGUGGGAAAAUCUUCUUUAAUGAAUGCCAUAAUGGGAAAGAAGAUCGUCUCUGUAUCGCGCACUCCUGGACACACGAAACACUUCCAGACAAUAUAUUUAACGCCCCAGGUCCGUCUGUGUGAUUGCCCGGGUCUGGUGUUUCCGUCAAAGGUGCCCAGGCCUAUACAAAUACUAAUGGGAUCCUAUCCCAUAGCACAAUUGAGAGAGCCGUACACAGCUAUAAGAUAUUUGGCGGAACGUGUUAAUUUACCACAAAUGUUGAGGAUAGAUCACCCAGAAAACGAUGAUACGUGGUCGCCUAGGGACAUAUGCGACGGAUGGGCGAAAAAAAGAGGGUACUUGACCGCUAAGGCUGCAAGAUUGGACACGUACAGAGCGGCGAAUAGUUUGCUCAGAAUGGCGUUGGAUGGAAAAAUAUGUGUUUGGUUGAGACCUCCUGGAUUCACUGAACAGAGAGAAAAAUUCGAAACGUGCGAAGAGUUGAAAUACAUCAAAUGGGUCCAAGCGUUAACAGCGGACGAUCAGGUGGCGGUUUUAUCAUCAUCGGAUGAUGAACGCUCCCGCAGCGAUGGUGAUGAGCCUGAUGAUGAUGAUGACAGCGAGAGUGAGGAUGAUGAUGAAUUCACAGCGGCUAUAGCCAACAAGUUCGCCGCCUUAGCUGGCGAUGAUUAAUCGAUUUAGGUGUGUAUUCGAUUGUUGAAUAAUCGAUUGUGAAAUUUGAUAAUUGAUAAAUGUUUGCAAUCGAUGUAUCGACUGAAUGAGUAUUUUGGAGAGUUGAUGAGAAGGUAGCCUGACCGGGAACAUAUAAACCUUCGCCAUGUUGUCAAAUAUCAUUUCUUUAGUCGAUAACGUUCGGUUUAAAAAGGAUGCUAAAAUGUCUCUAAAGCAGGUUUCUUAUUUUCCUGGUUAGGGUAUACAAAGGAUAUUUAUUGAAAAUAAUAUGAAUUAAAUCGAUUGUUUGUAAUCGAUGAUUUUGAGCUUUAUCGAAUUAUAUCGAUUCUUGGAUAAUAAUGAAUUAAUGAAUAGAUAAUGAUUUCUUAUGUU